AUGCGAUGGCGGUCGGUGGUGCUGGGGCUGCUGCUGCUGCGGCUCGGGCUGCAGGCGCUGCUGACUCUGCUGCCCGCGCUCGCCCGAGGGCUCUGCCUGCACCCGCGCCUGCCCUGCCCCGGCCCGCGGCCGCCCGCGCUGCCCGGCCCUGCCGCGGGGCGCGGGGCCCGGCUGUGGGGCGCGGCGGCCGGCGGCGAUGAGUACGAGCGGCGCUACAGCGGCGCCUUCCCACCGCAGCUGCGGGCGCGGCUGCGGGACGCGGCCCGGGGCAUGUUCGUGUUCGGCUACGACAGCUACAUGGAGCACGCCUUCCCCCGCGACGAGCUCGACCCGCUGCACUGCCGCGGCCGCGGGCCCGACCGCCGCGAUCCCUCCAACCUGAACAUCAAUGAUGUGCUGGGGAACUACUCCCUGACACUGAUAGAUGCGCUGGACACGCUGGCGGUAAUGGGAAACUCCUCAGAAUUCCAGAAGGCGGUGAAGUUGGUGAUUGACACAGUUUCAUUUGAUAAAGACUCAACAGUCCAGGUUUUUGAGGCAACAAUCAGGGUUUUGGGAAGCCUGCUGUCUGCCCACAUCAUAAUCACAGACACCAAGCAGCCCUUUGGUGAUAUGACCAUUAAGGAUUAUGACAAUGAGCUGCUGCACUUGGCUCAUGACCUGGCAGUGAGGCUGCUCCCAGCCUUUGAGAACACCAAAACUGGCAUUCCCUAUCCUCGGGUGAACCUGAAGAAGGGGGUUCCUCCAGACAGCCACAACGAGACGUGCACAGCAGGAGCUGGAUCCUUGCUGGUGGAGUUUGGGAUCCUCAGCAGGCUGCUUGGUGAUUCCACGUUCGAAUGGGUGGCCAGGAGAGCUGUGAAGGCCCUGUGGAGCCUCAGGAGCAAUAACACUGGACUGCUGGGAAAUGUUGUGAAUAUCCAGACUGGCCACUGGGUUGGAAAGCAGAGUGGACUGGGAGCAGGGUCAGAUUCCUUCUAUGAGUACCUGCUGAAGUCCUACAUCCUCUUUGGGGAAAAGGAAGACCUGGAAAUGUUCAAUGCUGCUUAUCAGAACAUUCAGAACCACUUGAGGAGAGGUCGUGAGGCCUGCAACGAAGGAGAAGGGGAUCCUCCCCUGUACGUCAACGUGAACAUGUACACGGGCCAGCUGAUGAACACCUGGAUUGACUCCCUGCAGGCCUUCUUCCCUGGACUGCAGGUGUUGAUAGGAGAUGUGGAAGAUGCCAUUUGUCUCCAUGCCUUCUAUUAUGCCAUAUGGAAACGUUAUGGAGCUCUCCCAGAGAGGUACAACUGGCAGCUGCAGGCCCCAGAUGUUCCCUUUUACCCGCUGAGGCCGGAGCUGGUGGAGUCCACAUAUCUUCUUUAUCAGGCCACAAAGAACCCGUUUUACCUUCAUGUGGGAAUGGAUAUUCUGCAGAGUUUGGAAAAAUAUACAAAAGCAAAGUGUGGCUAUGCCACAUUGCACCACGUGGUGGAGAAGACGAAGGAGGAUCGAAUGGAGAGCUUUUUCCUCAGUGAAACCUGUAAAUAUUUGUACCUGUUGUUUGAUGAAGAGAAUCCAGUGCAUAAAUCUGGGAACAAGUUCAUGUUUACUACUGAGGGCCACAUCGUGUCUGUGGACGAGCGGUUCCGGAACUCUCUGUGGGAGGACAUCCUCCCUGGACAGGAGGACAGCGCCCACAAAACCAAACCCACCGAGCUCAAGGCAGCCAACUUCAGCUCCAACUGUAACAGAGUCCCUGAUGAGAGGAGGUACCUGCUGCCCCUGAAGAGCAACUACAUGAGACAGAUCGACAGAAUGGUGGGACUGAUCUGAGGGACCCUGCAGGGAAACUUCAGAGGAGCUUGGGAUUCCUCUGCAGACAUUCCUCCCCCUUCAGCUGCUCCCUGCACAGGCUGAGUCCCCCAGGUGUCCCCUGGGCCUGGGUCAGCCAUGGACACAAAGGAGACGGAGCUCAGUCCGAGCUGGGGUAACCUCCUGUGCCACCUGAACAGCUCUUGGUUCAAGACUUCCUAUGAAAAAUGUUGUUGCAAAUGAAGGCUGAAUAUAUUUUAGGAGAAAAAGAAGGCAAAUUGGCCUGUGCCACUUAGCUACCUCUUUGUAGCUGUGUUACAAAUGUCCCUCUAGAGCAGGGUCUGGUAUUUAAUUUGAAAUGACCUCGGGGCUUGGGGAAGGAGUGGGGAAGUGCAAUUUUUUACACCAAGUUAUUUGAAUUUUUCUGACUAGCAAUACACAACCUUAAGGUCUUCUCAGGUAGGAACCCACUGGGUUUGCUGAAACAGAACUGCUCUGUGUACUCUUGGAAAGAGAACUCCUGGUGGUGUUAGAGCUGUUGGUAGAGUCUGCCAUCCCUGACGCUCACAGCCGAUAGAACCUGCAGGGCUGUGAGAGCUCACAGCUGCAGAAACCAGUGAUCAAACCAAUCCAGGUGCCUUUUUGGAAGGGAGAGGGGGGAGGGAAGGGGGAAUUGCAAAGCCACUCAGGCAGAAGUUCCCAAAGUUUCCUUGUUUGCCACGUUGUAGUGCCUUUUCAGGAGAGAUGCUGCUAAGAGCUGGUGUCACAGUACAUGAAGAACAAACUAUUUCACAUUCCUGACAGGAUUCAUGUGUUAGUGCCUUAAGUUCUCUUCACUAGCAGGGAAAACUGAGCUUCCUUGGGAAGAUGGAAAAGUGUUUCUGAUGAGCUGGUUGCAAAAUACAGUGGAGCCCAAAGUCACUUCAAAAGAGAUAUUUGGUUUCUUUUUUAAGAUCCUGGAAGAGCAUCUGUGAACUUACAGGAAGAAAGCAGUUAAGGGUUUGAGGGAUGAGAACAAACUGAGGCCAAAACAACUAUUUUAAAUAUAACAAGUUGGGUUUUUUUCCAGUGUUUUCCGGUUGCUUAUAUACUUCUAAAUUUGACUACAGUUGAAGUAGUAGAAUGUUAUUUUUUGGGUUAAUUACUUUUAAAUUGAGGCAUAAAUACAAGGGCAACUUGAUCUGCUGUAUUUUCACCUUCUUACAACAACAUUGGUUUUCAUAAACCACGUGUUGCAAGUCAAAACAUUUCUAAUAAAUAUGAAGUUUGUGCUGGAGAGGUUAUUGUUGGAAUCUUUUAAUGUACAGAUGCAUCUCAGGGACUUUGUUAUAGAAACUUCCAUUCCAUGAUAGUUGAAUCUUGUAUUCAGGCAGAAAAAAAAAAAAUAUCAUCAAGUCUUAGUCUUAUUAUGUGUUUGAAGGGGUGAAGGGUUGGAAGGGGGAGAGGGAAAUAGGUUAAAAUUUCCCAAAAUAUUGCAAUAGAGUGGGUUGCCUUGGUGUUUGAGGCAGCUGGUGAUUCCAGCUUUGCCAAAGGUAUUGCUGGAGUGUCUCUUUGAAAGGAAAACAGGAAUUCAAGGUGGUUGGGAGAGGUUCAGGCUGUGCUUGCAGCCAGUACAGGGUGAGAAGGGCAGAGGAUGGGCAGAGGCAGGGGCAGAGAGGGCUGGGCUCAGCCAGUUCUGCAGUGGGAAGUGGUGGGGUGGGAGCCCAGCACAGCAUCCCACCCUGGCUGUGAAAACUCAGCAGGAUUCUGGGAUGGACAGGGGUAAGGGAUGGAUUGGACAGGAUUCUGGGAUGGACAGGGAUGGAUUGGACAGGAUUCUGGCGUAGACAGGAUUCCAGGAAGGACAGGACACCAGGACAGACACACCCUAAGUGCACUGGUGGCUUCUCCUGAUCCAGGUUUGUCCCUGAGCCCAGUGUAGCUCCCGGAAUGUGACACUGGCCACUCCCUGUGCUUGUGCCUUCUGAACUCCUGAGCCCAGGGCUGAAUCCCUUCCAGAGCUUUCCAGAGAGAAUUCCACCACCCUGAGGAAGUUGCACAACUGUUCUGCCAUUGUGUUUUCCUUGUGAUUGCCAGGAAUAGUGAAAGGUGGCUGAGAAUGGAGCAGCCCAGACAGGAAUUGCAGCCUUCCAGCCAAACAUGGUCAGCUUCCCUUGGGAAUUGCUUUGGAAUUUCUGUUGCCAGGUGAUGUGACAGUCAUCUUUCCACAGAAAUGCUCUUUAUCCUCACAGAGGCUGGUGGUAAAAGACUCUGUUCCUUCAGGAGUCAACUUUUCCUCCUCUUUGUUCUAAAACUGCUUGGAUAUGUUUUUACUCUGUAAGGACAGGGCACCUGUUAGGCACUAAAAUGAGAGUUUGUGUACAAGUGAAUGGCAUCAAAAUGGAACUGGUGACAGUGCUGGAAUCACUUGCUGAAACAGUCUCUUAUAUUUCUUGGUAUCAUGUGCAAUAUCAGGUUUUCUUAACUAAAAGUGCCAUGUAUGCUUAAUUGUUAUUUAUCCAUGAAGUGUUAAGUGAGGACAGGAAACUUGGAAGAGGACCAAAUGUGCUUUCAUGAAAUGUCCUGAAUUUUCAACACUUGGCUUGUGUUUUGCAAGUCUGCAUUAAAAAAACAGUG